AUGGUGCAAGGAAGAGAAGAUCUGGUGUUGCAUAUAAGUGCACCAAAUGUGAUAAUUUUGGUCACAAUGCUAUGACUUGUAAGGCUACCACUCAGGAUCCCAAUGCACUUAAAAGAAAGAGAAAACCUAAAAAAGGACAUGUGCCAACUGCAACUGAUAUGCCAACUGCAAAUGAUAUGCCAACUGCAUCUGAUAUGCCUGCCCCAACUGCAACUGAUAUGACUGUUCCAACAAAUGUGCCUGUUCCAACUGAUCCACAGCCUCCAACUGAUAUGCCUGUUCCAACUAUUAUGAGUCAAACAGGAUCUAGUGUGGCUGCCUCAAUCACAAAACAAUCCAGAAAAAGGGUUGAAAAAAAACCUAUCAUCAAAAGAAGGCAAAGUGAGAGGAUCAAGUUGAGUUGGUUUAAAAGACUCAUAACAGGUGAAGGAAUAUCUAGUGACAAACCAAUUACCCUACCAGAAAAUGAAGACAUACCCACUUCAAAAUGAGGGACUGAUUAUUAUGUUUCUGCUAUGUAUUUUGUAAUCCUUUUGGAAAACUCUUUUGU